AUAUGCUACAAACCCAAGCUACAAACAGCUAAAAAACUAAAAACAUGCUAAAAACUAACACCUAACCUCUAUCCUAAAUACGAUUUCAAAUUUCAAACUAUGUUUUUGUAUUUCUAUUAAGGUUUUAGUUAACUUUUUUAAUAAAGUAAAUAUAAGUAGGUAGGUAUUUUGUAUAUGCUAUUAUUUUUCAUAAUCAAGUUGUCGAGUAUCUUAUAACUAGCUAAUAACCGAGGUCCCUAUCUACAAUAUAAUAACAUGACAGGUAAAGGGUACAAUAUAAAAUGGAAAAAACAAGGAGAAUGUUUUAAAGGCGCCCUUUCAAAUUACCUAAACAAACAGAUCCUUUGCGAUGUAACCCUUACAAGCGAAGGAAAGUUCUUCAAAGCUCACCAGAUCGUUCUAGCAGGCUGUUCGAAGUAUUUCGAAGACAUAUUCCUCGAAAUACCGCCUAACAGUUAUCCUGUGGUUAUUUUAAAAGACGUUACCGCUUUAGAAAUAAAGCUUUUACUAACUUGCAUUUAUAAAGGAGAUGUUGAUAUUCCAUAUGAUAUUAUGAAGACAUUUUUACAUACUUGCGAGGUGCUAAAAAUGGAGGGAUUCUACACAGACGUUGAUGAGAAUCAUGAGAAUGUCACUUCCAAUGGUGAAGUGGUUCAUCCACCUCAAAAUUCUGCUGAAGUGGAAAAUAGAAAUAAAGAUAUUGUUGACUUGUUAAAUACCAUCGAAGAAACUAUUGCUGAAAGUCAAAUUGAAUACCAGAAGAUGAAACAAAUGAGUGUAUUAGACAGCCCACCGGGUGACUCACAAAAAAGUUUUGUCUUUAGUUUAGAUGAGUCAGCCAGUGUUCUUAGAACAACUGCCCACCUUAGUUCUGAAGCUGUUAUUAUUGAAGGAAAUCAGGCUGAAGUCAUGGAAAUAUCCGAUGAUGAAGGUUCUAAUGAAGAAUUGCAACCAACUUUAGAACAGAACACAGUGGAAGAGAACACAAAUGAUAAUAUUCAACAGGUUUCAAAACCUAACACAGAAAAAAAUUCACCUUUAGAACAGGUCACAAUGGAAGAGAAUACAAAUGAAAAUAUUCAGCCUGUUUCAAAACCAAACACAGAAAAAAAUUGUGAUGAAAGUGAGGAGCUUUCAUAUCACUCUCUCAAUGAUAAUUUAAGUUUAAGACUAUCCCCAUCAUCUGUUGGUUCAAGUUAUAUAAGUGAUGAUGAUUCAGAGAUUGUGCUUACGAGAAAGUCACUUCCACAAAUAAAAAUGGAUGCCAUACGUAGAGCUAAACGAAUGAAAGUUAUCCUUGACAACACCGUGUGUAGUGAUCUAUUUGAAUAAGGACUCCUAAGGAAAUAAUGACUGAUAAUUCCUAAAAUAAGAAAAUUAUUUUAUUUUUAAUGUAUUUGUAAUAUAUUUUAUUGGUUAAUAGUUAAUAUAAUUUUUUUGUA